GUUGACAAGUUAAUGAGCUGCAAAAAAACUAGAAUCCAUACCCGCAGAGCAUUGCAUUGCAGAAUAUUGUCAUCUUUUAUUCAUGAAAAAUCUAAUGACUGUUUAUAUUUCAGGGGACACUGUCGAUAAAAUGAUGAAAUCAGGAUCUUCCGCAGUCAUAGCCAGCAGCAAGAAAAGUAAUGAAACCAAGGACCCAGGUAAAGUUAAUAAAUUAGACGGAAGAGUCAAUCGAAAACAAAGAUCCACAGACGCUUUCCAAGAAAUACAGUUUGAAGCCUGUUCCAGUAGUCGGUCACGAUCCCCGUCCGUACGGACGGAUAACAGUAUCUUCCCCUCCAGGCCGCCCUCGACUUCUACUGAAAUGUCACCCAGAUUACCGCCCUCAUUUACAAACAGGUUGGACAACAAAACCCCGUUUCUGAACCUGGCUAUGGUUGGACCUGUGGAUUCCGGUAAAUCCUCGUUAGCUGGGAGACUUUUGUAUGACUGUGGUGCUGUUGAUGAAGCAGUACUGGCGAGAAUCUCCAAUGAUGCUAUUGUUGCUGGAAAACCAUCGCUCAAAUUUGCGUGGAUAAUGGACAAAUUGAAAGUGGAAAGAGAAAGAAAUCAUUCCAUAGACAGCAAAAGUCGACGGGUGGACACCUCCGUCUACAACAUGGUUAUAAUAGACUGUCCGGGACACCGGAAUUACGUACAUAACAUGAUCACCGGGAUUUCCCAGUCAGAUGUUGUCGUCCUAGUAGUUCCUGCUCCAAAGAAAGAAUUUGAAUUAUCAAUUACAAAGACCGGGCAAUUGAGAGAAUACCUAAACAUUGCUUACUCGAUGGGCGUGAAAAAACUCGUCGUCGCUGUCAACAAAAUGGACGCUACGUCGCCCCCUUAUUCACAGAUUGAAUAUAAUUCAUGCAUUCACCUUGUCCAGCGUGUUGCUCAAAAGGUCGGAUACGAUCCUAAUAAGGUUAUAUUUGUUCCCGUGUCGGCCAUGAAGGGUGACAACUUAACAACACCGACAACAAAUAUGGCGUGGUACGACAACUGGGAGACGGUGAGCAGACCUGGAAAGCACGUGACCGGUGUGACGUUACUAGAUGCAUUGCACAAAACACAACAGCCUACACGUAUGAACAGCAAGUCACUUCGUGUUCCAAUACACGCUGUGUACAAAUUAGGGACUAUUGGUAUUGUGGCCGCCGGAAGAGUACACGCUGGAUCCGUGAGGCCACACAUGGAGCUCAGUUUCGCGCCAUCUCAACGCAAAUGUUCGGUGCGUGCAAUUCAGAUUUUUGGCGAGAUCUCGAACGAGGGACGCGCGGGGGACAAUGUGGGGAUUCAGUUGGAGGGGAUGACAACAAACAAGGUCAAAAGGGGUUACAUGUGCGGGAACCUGUAUGAUGACCCUCCUCGGGAAGCCAAACAAAUUACCGCACAGAUCCGCAUAUUGCACCAUCCGGGCAACAUAAAAAAGGGAUAUUCCCCUUUGCUUCACUGUCACACCGCCAUGACCGCAUGUACAAUUACCAACAUCAUAGAGCGGACGGACGAUAGAACAGGGCUGACAGUUGAAGACUUCCCGACAUCCCUGUCGACCGGAAAUGUCGGUCUGGUAGAAAUGAUUCUGUUGAAACCAAUCUGUGUUGAGACUUUCUUUGAUUAUCCAUCGCUAGGGAGAAUUAUUUUACGCGAUCUGAAGCAGACGGUUGCAGUCGGAGUCGUCGUCAAGGUCACUAAAAGCAAUAUCAAGGAUAUGAAGAGUUUACUGAAAACGCAAACUGAGGAGAAAAAGACAGAUGAAUGGGAAAGAGAAGAAGAUAAAAAUACCACAGAGGGUUGUGAUUCAUACUGGAACUUAUCAAAUAAGAAUGGUAAUGAAAAUACAAUUGCAGGGAACCUUGGGGAGGGUAAAUGUGGCCCCGAGGCAUCUGAUGCUGCCAACAAUGCAGAACCAACGUCUGAGAGGCUGAAUAUGGGUAAUACUGACAGUACUGCAGACGACAGUAUGACUGAGAUCGGAAAAGAAACAGAAGGAAAUUGUGAAAGUACAUUGAAGCUAAGUACUAAUGUAUCGCAUAUACAUGUAAUCAACAGUAUUGUCGAAAAUCGUGAAUGUAGUUUAAAGCUAAAUAUCAACUUACCAAGUACAAAUAACAGUACUGAUGACUGCAUAGAGGAAGAUAUGUAACUCGUUAUUAAUCGCCAAUGAACCACGUGUCAUUAAGUGAUGAAGUACAUGCAUUUUCUAAUAUCUCGUUAGGUAUUACACGAGCCUAUUAUAUUGAUUACAUGUAUAACACAGCGCGCUUGCUGUUGUUGAUAUUCAUACCUGAAGGAGGAUAGUUUCAAUACAGAAUAUACAGUCCUGUCCAAUUGAUAUAGAACCCGGGAUUUCAAACUUAGAUGUGAGCUCGGUUCGCUGUGGUCAUAUAUACAAAUUCGAAUUCCCAACUUUCAGUAACCUACAAUUUUAUAUGACCACGUUCAAUACCCAGUCCAAUGUCCAAUGUUACAUAUACUAGAUGGUAUAAAACGGUGUGUGUGUGUGUGUGUGUGUGUGUGUGUGUGUGUGUGUGUGGUACUGUGUACUUUAUACUGUAGACUUUGUACUAGCAAUGUGUACUGUGUUAUGUACUUAGUGUUAUAUUGUGUACUGUGUUAUGUACUUAGCUUUCCAUUGUGUACUUUGUUAUGUACUUUGUAGGACAUUGUUUACUGUGUAGUGUGUACCGUGCCUUGUACUUUUUACUACGCGCUUUACAUUAUACUCUUCUGUGUUAUUUGCACUGUUGCUUGGAUUUCUCGAAAAAAUCUCAGACUUAAGUUUGAGUUUUCUUUUAUUUGAGCAGUCAAAAUUUGAGCAAAAUCUCAGACUUAUGUCCAAGUUUCGAUCCAAAAGUUUCUUUCGAGAAAUCCAGGCUUGUACAUUGUAUUGCAUGGUGUAUUUUGUACAGCACUGUAUUUUGUACUGUGCUUUGAUCUGUGUGAUGUGCAGUGUACUUGGUACAAUAUGCUGUACUAUGCACUUUGUGCUGCAUUGUGCACUAUGUAAUUUGUACAUGUGUGUACUUUUAACUGUUGUAUACUUUUUUACUGUUGUGCACUUUGUGCUAUUGUGUACUUUUUACUAUUGUGUACUUUGUACUAUUGUGUACUUUGUACUGUUAUGUACUUUGUACUAUCGUGUACUUUUUACUAUUGUGCACUUUGUACUAUGGUGUACUUUGUACUGUGAAUUGAGUAAUACAUUACUGUUAGGUUUGUUUCGAUCCAAACCGUUUUCAAAGAGAGAGAAUCUAACAAAAGCGAGUUGCCUCUCUUUGCUCGUAACAAGGCCCUGUCACACUACAAUGUUUUAGACAAUAAAACUUAUACAUAGGUAUGAAAAAAGUAUGAAACACGCUGGAAGAUGCUGGAAUGUAAUAAUAAAAUCAAAAGAAAGCC